UGCGUCCUGCCCUGCACACUUCUGCUCUCACCGGUGGCUCCAUACCCUGGCGCCAGAAUGGCUGUGGGUGAGGCCCUGGCACACGUGAGGACCACUCUCCCACUGCUACUCUGGUCGCAGCUGCUUCUGUUGCUUUCUGGAUCGUCCUGUGUUGGACACGCCCAACGCCAUGGUCCUCCAGAAGUGGUCAUACCCUUGAGGGUGACACACACUGGCAGGGGCGUGAAGCCUCCAGGCUGGCUCUCCUACAGCCUGCGUGUCGGCGGCCGGAAACACGUUCUUCACAUGAAGGUCAACAAGCAUUUGUUCUCUCAACACUUCCCAGUGUUCACCUACGACGACCAGCAUGCUCUCCUGCAGGAACAGCCCUUUGUCCAGAAUGACUGCUACUACCAGGGCCAUGUGGAGGGGGACCCGGAAUCCCUGGUUGCCCUCAGUACAUGUUUGAGGGGCUUUCGAGGAAUACUACAGAUAAAUAACGUUGUUUAUGAAAUCCAGCCCAAAAGGCUUUCUACCUCAUUUGAACACCUGCUAUAUAGAAUGGACAAGGAGGAGACACAGCUCCCACCCAUGAGAUGUGGGUUAACAGACGAAGAAAUAGCACGACAACUGAAGUUCCAAGAGAGUGUUGAGCCCACUUUGAUGCAAAGUGGGUAUGAAGGCUGGUGGACCCACAGGCGUUUUCUGGAACUGGCAGUGGUGGUGGACCACAAUCGGUACCUUCAUCAUGAAAGUAAUACCUCAAAAGUGCAGGAUGAAGUAUGCCUUACUGUCAAUGUAAUAGAUAACAUUUUAA